UUGAUGCAAAUUUAAAGAAAAUGGCGGCAAAUCAUCAGUAGCAUCUGUCAAACUUUUCGUCACAAAUAAUUCUUUUCCUACACGAUCUCGGUGCACGGUUUUUUUGAAAUGGGGUAUCUGAAGUUGUUUGGCCUUGCCUUAGCAGCCAGCCUUGCGGUGGACCUUCUGUAUCUUCUUGUUUUCCGGCGGCGGAAGAGGGUUGGUUCUGUAGAGAAGGCACAGAAAGGACGCGUGAUACACAAGGUGCUGUUUUUUCCAGAUGCGCAGGUGUCCUGUCCCCGACAGUCGCAGCCAGGUGGCUGUAAGAUGAGGAGAUGCAAGUUCACGCACGACACCACUUCUCUCAGUCAGUUAAAACAGUACUUAUGCAGCGCCAAGAACACAUUAGACUUGUGUGUGUACACGAUAUCCUGUCUUGACCUGGCCAAAACUGUGGUGGAGCUGCACCAGAAGGGAGUCGUAGUGAGAAUCCUCACAGACAAGGAACAGAUGGAACAGACAGGCAGCCAAGUAUGGUACUUCAGGAGUGAAGGUAUCCAAGUGAGACAUGACAACAGUCCAUACUUCAUGCACCACAAGUUUGCCAUCAUUGACAACUCUCUCCUCAUCAACGGGUCCUUCAACUGGACGCGACAGGCCAUCACCGGAAACUCCGAGAACCUCCUGGUCACCAACAGCCGGCGGAUCGUACGGCCGUACACGCAGGAGUUCCAGAGGCUGUGGGACGCGUACGAGCCGGGGAGGUUGAAGAAGAGGAAGGAGGAGUCGGAGAAAUUUCUGAAGGAUUUGAAGGCUUCAGGAACUAGCAAUGGGAUAUGAUAGUGAACCCUAGAGAUCUCCUCUUUCUAUAAUACUAAUAAUAAUAGACAAAAUAUACCCAAAAAUCACUGUACUUGUCCAUAAUAGUAUGAUGGGUUUGGGUCAGUCCUUGCAUGCUUUCAAUUGAUACUUACUAGUACUAGUUGUGGUGUAACCUAUGGCCGAAUAGAAAAUACGAUGGUUUUAGAGAUAUUUUGUCUAUCAAAGAAAGUACUUGUAGUAUCAUUCCUUUAUCAGUUCAGCUUUAGUAAUACACACGCCCCUGUUUAAGUGAAACCGUUCUUGUUCAAGAUAAAGCACAUUCCCUUAUUACCUUGCUUGCAUGCAAACCUAUAGAGUAGUUGUUGUCUUCAGUGUCAAUUUUUUUAUAGGAUAGUCAACUUUUUUCUGAAAUAUCAUGCGUGAAGUGUAUACUUCAAAUUUUAAACAGAAUUAUGAUAAAGCAAUGGUAGUUGAAAAAAAUAGUGUAUUAGCUAGCAAUUAUGUUUAAGCCAUGUUAGUAAUAACUUUAUGUCAUAUGCCACAGAACUGGUUAGUCUUGGGCAAAAGAGUUGAAGCAUGCACAUAGCUCAUGUUUUUAAUUUAAAAAAAUGUUUUCACUGAAUACAAAGGACUUCUUACAUGUUUUAGCCAUGUCAGUAUCUGACGUCAUUACAAGUGUCAUUA